AUGUCCGGAAAAGCAUUAUCAAGGAAUGACUCACAUGAAUGGCAUCCAUAUGUUCGUCAGUAUGGAUACUAUGAUCCAGUAACAGUUGGUAGUAUAGAUGGAACGGAUACAACUCCUCAUGAUCGUGCGAUACAUCGCGCUUUGUCGUCAUCAUAUAAGCCUAAAGGCCAGGCACUUUAUUGGAAUCCUAAGGCUAUACUAUUCAUUGGGAGACUACCUUACUAUACUUCUAAAGUUUGCUUGCAAGAAGCACUGAAUAAAUUACUGGAUUCACAGUUAAAAAACAAGCCUAGUGGCAAACACACUUCGAAAAGACGUAAUCGUGGUCGUUCUCCAUUUUCUUCAAAUGGACAUGAUGAUGAAGAAAUUUGGCCAAAGGUACACAUUGUUCACAAUGCGGUAACUGGUUAUCCGUGUGGUUAUGCAUUCGCAUAUUUCUCUUCAGAAUUGGACGUUGAGCAUGUGCUACGUAAUUGGUGUAGUCAAACAACUCCUGCUACAUCAUAUCGAGGCAUAAAAGAUGAAAGGCAUUGUGGAUUAGAUAUACCAAACGGAGAUAAGGUUAUAUUGGAACCAUAUUUCGGUGGAACUUUGUCAGGUUGGAGACCUCGUCGUCUUGGUGGUGGGUUAGGUGGUCGAAAAGAGGCUGGACAAUUGCGAUUUGGCGGCGUGGCUCGUCCAUUUCGACGUCCUUUUAUUGGACAUGCUGUUCAGUAA